AUGACUGGCAAGAAGCAAAGAACAUGGCGCAACAAACAUCUAGGAAAUGCGCAAAUAACUACUGGUGAAACUUAUGUGCAGAUAUACAGAAAGUUGCUGGUUCUGGGGACAUUAAGGCAAUGUACAAUGGUAUUAAGAAAGCAGGUCCAAGGUCCACUUGUCAGAAAAAUAGGAGAAGUUAUUACUGAUGAAGGCAAGCAGGUGGAGUGCUGGUUUGAACACUACCUCAAGCUGUAUGCAGUUGAAAAUGAAGUAAGAAAGGAUGCACCUGAUGCCAUCAAACAAGAGCUUGAUGCAGUGCCCACUAUGGAAGAACGUGGCAGAGCGAUAGAUAGCCUAGCUAUUGGAAAGGCUCCAGAUGAAUAUGAGAUCCCUGCAGAGAUAAUUAAAUAUAACAAGCCUGUCUUUCUACAGCACCUACAUUCACCUCUCACAACCAUCUGGGAAGAAGGCUACAUCCCUCCAACGUCGCUGAUCAACAUGUGCUACGGUACCUUCAUGGGUUGGCCUGGGACGACUCUGCCAAUCCUGGAGGCAGAAGAUUCGCCGCUUCCACUCACCGCCGACGAGGGCUCUUGGCUCGCGUCCAUCAACUCACUCACCAUGCUGGUGGCCAUAUUCGCCGCCGGCUACGCCGUUGACGUUGUGGGACGUAAGAAAGUAUUGCUAUUCGGGGCCAGACCGCUGUUCAUCUGGUGGGUGAUGGUGGCGUUCGCCAAUUCUUACGGAAUGCUGCUCGCCGCUCGAGCGAUUGGUAGCUUGGGCGGCGGCCCCAUCAUCACGGCCUUGCCAGUGUUUCUGUGUGAGAUAGCCGACACCGACGUAAGGGGGACGCUAAUUGUGAUCCACUACUUCCUCAUGCAGUGUGGCUACCUGCUCGUGUAUAGCAUUGGGCCUUACCUGUCCGUCACCACGGUUGCUCUCAUCUGCGCCUCAAUUCCGAUCAUCUUCGUCUUGACAUUCAUCUGGAUGCCGGAGUCACCAUACUUCUUUCUCAAGCAACGCAGAGAAGCGGAGGCUGUGAAGUGUCUCGAAAGAUUCAAAGGUCAACUGACAAGGGACGAACUGAAGUUUGAGCUGGAGUCGAUGUAUCAAGCUACAAGGGAGAAACAACAAAGUAAAGGAAAGUUGAAAGAUAUGUCGUCUGGAUCGAUAGCUCUCACCACGUACACGACGUACAUAUUUGAGAAGAGUGGAAGCGAGCUCGACUCGAACAUCUCUUCCAUUAUCCUGACGGCCGUCACGCUUGGGGCAAACGUCGUGUCGUCGCUGGUCAUCGAGAGGUUCGAUCGGCGGCCCCUGUGUAUGGCGUCUUUCUCAGCGUGCGCCAUCUGUCUGGCUGCAGAGGGAGCUUACUUCUAUGUCGAUGACAUCUACGGGUACGUGCCUACUGCCUUCGACUGGGUGCCACUCGCCGGCAUGACUGGAUUCAGUAUUUCGGCCUCUAUUGGUCUCGCACCAGUGCUGUCCUUGGUCAUGGGUGAGCUGUUCCACGUGUCGGUGAAGGGGGUCGCCUCAGCUGUUGGCACCACCGUGAUAGCACUGUACGGCUUCUUCCUGAAGAAGAUGUUCCAAGUGGUCUCUGAUGACCUGGCCGCCUACUACUCCUUCUGA